AUGGCCAAUGAAGAGAGCGAAGUUCGUCUGACUCUGCUGGAGCAGCCAACUACCACCAGCGAUGACAACAACAAUCUGCCAACAAUUCUCAGUUCCUCCGGUGGCGGCAACGCACCGGACGCAGAGGAGGAAUUCACCGAAGAAGCGACCGUGCACUCAGAUGAUCCACUCUCACAGCUGCUCAGCAGCUCACAGCUACUGGCACUGAAUGACAGCCCCAAGGUGGUCAUUGUCCCCACGAAGGGCUCCUCCAUCUCUCGAAGUUGCACUUCAAUUGCCGCCAAAAAACAUGGCCUCGAGCUCGUCUGGCGCGACCUUACCUACGAGGUCAAGAAGAAGUCCUGGGUGCCCUUUCGAAAGGCCACCUCUCGAAAGCUGAUUCACAAUCUCAAUGGCGGCAUCCAAAGUGGCCAGCUGACGGCCAUCAUCGGUCCUAGUGGAGCAGGCAAGACCACCCUCAUUGAGUGCCUCUCCGGUCGUCGUGUCGCCGGUGUCUCAGGCGACAUUGAAGUCAACUACAACGGCGUAUCUAAAAGCUCCAUCAAAGUGUCGUACUACUCUCAGCGCGACUCACUCAACGAACUUCUCACAGUUGAUGAAUCACUUGAGUACGCUUCGAAGUUGGCCAACUGUUUGAAGAGUUCACGGCGCAAGAAUGCCCUGCUCUCCAAUGGCAUCGAUGUAGCGAACCACCGUCAGCACCUGAAGGGCAGCGCCUUUCCCGAUGGCCAGGUGGAGCUGGAGGAGCUCAAUCAGCGGUAUUACCAUCGAAUUGUCGUCGAGAGAAUGCUCGAGGAGCUGAAUUUGAAGAAGUGCGCCCACGUUCUGGUCGCUGGCCUCUCUGGUGGUCAGAAGAGAAGACUGAGUAUUGCGCUGGAGCUCAUCUUUUCGCCCUCCAUCAUCAUUUUAGACGAGCCAACAUCCGGCCUGGACUCUCUGUCGUCGCUGCAGUGCAUCUCCAUGCUCAAGAAGCUGGUCACCAACUCCUGUCGACCGAUGAUCAUCGCCUGCUCCAUUCACCAGCCGACAGCUCGCAUAAUGUCCUACUUUGAUCACCUCUACAUUAUCUCCUGCAACGGUCAGUGCAUAUUCAACGGGCCAACUCCUGAUUUAGUUCCCACGCUGUCUCGUUUCGGUCUCAGCUGUCCGCAGUACCACAACCCAGCUGACCAUGUGGUGGAGAUUGCCAGUGGAGACUACGGUUUCGACUGCAUUGACCUGCUAGCGGAGAACUUCAAACAGGUGUGCGCCGAACAGGUGAUCGACAGUGAGAAGUGCCAGUCAAAGGUGAAGAUGCUCAAACUGGUGCAGAAGACGCAGAAGCACAGCGUCUACAAGCAAAUACUCACCACGGUUAUACUCACCAAGCGAACAAUGGUCACCACGAUGCGUGAUCCAAACAUUUACAUAUCUCGUCUGGUCACCACUGUCUCCACAUUGGCCCUUCUGGUCAUUCUCUACAAGGACGAGAAGAUCGGCAUUCUUGACGGCUGUGCUCAACGGCCAAACAAAGCUACCAUUGACCAGUUCCAGAGCAUGGAGAUCUUUGACACGCGAAACUCUUUCUACGGCAAUUUUGGUUUCAUCUUCUUUGCCGUUGUCUUCACCAUCUUCACGACCAUUCUGCCUACUUUAUUGCGAUUCCCUCUUGAGGUGUCGGUGUUUAUAAAAGAAAACUUCAACGGCUGGUACUCUCUGAAAUCGUACUACAUUGCUCAUCAGAUUGUCGAUUUGCCGCCCAUGUUCAUCUUUCCAAUACUCUUCGGCACUGUGUCGUACUUUAUAACGUAUCAAUUUUUCGAGUGGCCUCGUUUCAUUCUCUUUCAAAGCAUUCUUGUUGGCUUAGCCUUUCUGGCCCAAGGUGUUGGCUUUUUAGUUUCGAGUUAUUUCGUAAACGAUGUUACCACUUCAGCAGUGGUGGGGGCGAUUUUGAAUAUUCCAUUAUUUCUUUUUACCGGCCUGCUAAUCAAAAUCUCCAUCAUGCCCAAGUUUUUUCAGCCCAUCACAUACUUGUCGUACUUUAGACUGGCCUUUGAGUCACUGCUGGUCACCAUCUACGGCCUCAACCGGUGCGAUCCAGUGGAGCCAAUGAACUUUUCCUAUUUGAAGAAUGAGUUUGGCGAUCAAAUAGUAGACAUGUUUGUGUGCAUCAAUGAGUUCAGCCCAACGGCCACUGACAACAUCACCCAAUUUAUUGACAACUACAAUGAUCACUUCCUAACAAACGUCAACCAAAGCUCGUCUUCAUUAGCUUUGCAAAACUUCAGCUACAAUGAUCAAACUCUCUACUUCAAUGUGGGAAUUAUGUUCUUGUACAUAAUCGCUCUCCGA